CUGAAAUAUGAAAAAGCAAGUCUCCUCCUCACAAAGCAAGGGUGUGUGAAAGUGAGAGAGAUAGGAGACUUGUGACCUAAAAAAAAAGUAGGACAGUGGCCAUGGAAGUACACACUCUGGUGAAGAUGUUCAGUUCGGUUGCUUUGGUUGUUCUAUUCGGGAUUUUCAUCCGCCUGUACAAUUCGCUGGUGGCGACACCGGGGAGGCUCCGAUCAAAGCUGAGGAAGCAGGGGAUAGAUGGGCCAAAGCAAACCUUUCUACUUGGGAACAUCAGGGAGAUCAUGAAAGCCCGAAAUUCCGCCGGAAAGCCUCCGGCAGCAGCCGAUGGCCCCCCCACCCACCAUGACUGCGCCUCCGCUCUCUUCCCCUUCUUCGAGCAAUGGAGGAAGCAAUUUGGGCAAGUGUUUAUGUUUGCACUUGGUAAUACACAAAUAAUUCAUGUGAAUGAACCUGACACCGUGAGAGAGAUAACCACAUGCACAUCCUUGGACUUGGGGAAGCCUUCAUAUCAACACAAGGAGCGCGGUGCUUUGCUUGGCCAAGGGAUUCUCACUUCUAAUGGAGCUGUUUGGGCUCAUCAGAGGAAAAUUCUUGCUCCUGAAUUAUACAUGGAGAAAGUUAAGGGGAUGAUGAACCUAAUCACGGAGUCUACAAUAACUCUCCUCAACUCAUGGAAGGAUAAAAUUGAUGCCGAGGGUGGGAUCGCGGAGAUCAAAAUCGACCAACACAUGAGAAGUUUCUCCGGAGAUGUAAUAUCGAGAGCUUGUUUUGGAAGCAACUAUUCCAAGGGUGAAGAAAUCUUUAAGAGGCUUAGAGCUCUCCAGGAAGCCGCAUCCAAGAAGAUCUUGUCAACGGGGAUUCCCGGCAUGAGGCAUCUUCCUACUAAGAGCAAUAGGGAAGCAUGGGCAUUAGAAAAGGAUGUCCGUACAUUGAUUCUACAGGUAGUGAAGGAGAGGAAGGAAGUUGGGUAUGAAAAGGACUUGUUGCAAAUGGUUCUUGAAGGUGCUAAAAACAGUGACUUGAGCCAAGAUGCAAUUGACAGUUUCAUCGUUGAUAACUGCAAAAACAUCUACUUGGCCGGGUAUGAGACCACUGCAGUUUCAGCCACAUGGUGCCUCAUGCUAUUGGCUGCCAAUCCAGCAUGGCAAGCUCGUGUCCGCCAAGAGGUUCAAGAAGUUUGUGGGGGCAAACUCCCUGAUUCUGAUAUGAUCCGUAAGAUGAAACAGCUAACCAUGGUGAUUAAUGAAUCCCUACGUCUCUAUCCUCCGGUGGCUGUGGUGUCAAGGGAGGCCUUGAAGGACAUGAAAUUCGGAAACAUAAAUGUUCCCCAGGGUGUCAAUGUCUGGACCCUGGUGGUGACAUUGCACACCGACCCUGAAAUAUGGGGACCGGAUGCCUACAACUUCAACCCGGCCAGGUUUGCGAAUGGCAUCACAGGUGCCUGCAAGCUUCCACAUCUGUACAUGCCAUUCGGAGUUGGUCCCCGGGUGUGUCUUGGCCAGAACCUCGCCAUGGUUGAACUCAAGAUACUGAUUUCUCUCAUUUUGUCCAACUUUUCGUUCACGCUCUCCCCCAAAUACGUCCACACACCGGCUCUUCAGUUGGUUAUAGAGCCUAAGUAUGGAGUCGACCUCUUGGUGAAGAAGCUCUGAUCAUACUGCAUUGUGACUAUACAUUACAGAGAAUUGUUUCUUUGUAUGCAUUAACUUAUACCAAGGAGAGUUGUUUUCCUGAUAUCAUAAGAGAAGCUGUAGCUUUUCUAUUUUAUGGACUAGUAGUGUUUGUUUGUUACAGUUUACAUUUGUUCAUACAUAAUUAAAUAAAAAACGAGUUUUGAAUUUCA